UGUCCGCCAGCCAUGCGGGAGCGCCGGCGGGGCGGCGCCGUGGGGGCUAUGGCUGACGGCAACGCCGACUGGAUGGGCUCGCUACCGCCCGCACUGCGCUCCCUGCCGCUCUCCAACCUCGCCAUCCCGGGAUCACAUGAUUCUUUCAGCUACUGGGUUGAUGAGAAAUCUCCAGUGGGACCAGACCAAGCAACAGCCAUCAAACAUUUGGCCAGAAUUUCCUUGGUUAGAAAGAUCAUGAAGAAAUGGUCAGUGACUCAAAAUUUGACUUUCAAAGAGCAGUUAGAAGGCGGGAUCCGCUACUUUGAUCUUCGUGUAUCUUCUAAACCUGGGGAAAUAGGACAAGAGAUUUACUUCAUACAUGGCUUGUUUGGCAUCAAAGUAUGGGAUGGGCUGAAGGAAAUGAAUAGUUUUCUUGAGCAGCACCCCAAGGAAGUAAUCUUCUUGGAUUUCAAUCAUUUCUAUGCCAUGGAUGACAGCCAUCACCACUUCUUGAUCAACAGGAUCCGCUCAGCAUUUGAAUCCAAACUUUGUUGUGUUGAAUGUGUAGAAUAUGUCACGUUACUGUACAUGUGGGAGAAGAAACACCAGGUUCUCAUAUUUUACCACCACCCUUUGUAUCAGGCAUAUCCCUUCCUGUGGCCAGGUAAUAAAAUGCCAGCACCAUGGGCUAAUACAACUAAUGUGCACAAACUGCUGCAGUUCCUGGAGACCACACUUGGGGAACGAAGUCGUUAUGGGACUUUCCAUGUAUCUCAAGCAAUUCUCACGCCUCGAGUGAAAACGAUUGCACGGCAUCUGAUUCGUGGUCUGAAGAACACACUUGUUCAUAGGAACCUGCCCAUGAUUUUGAAUUGGGUGAAAGCACAGAAGCCUGGUGUUAUGGGUGUUAACAUAAUUACAUCAGACUUUGUGGAGCUGGUUGAUUUUGCUGCUACAGUUAUUGCAUUGAACGACCUCCUUUUGGAAGAGGAUGAAUCUGCAACUUAAAUCCUGAUUGCUGUGUUCCACAUGUGCUCCUUAGUGGACAUCUUUGAACUAUGCUUAAUGUUUUACUUGUCAAGUGAAACCUAUUGUAAUCUCUCUCUAUGAAAAAAUGUUUCCUAGAGGAAACGUGGUUAAACAUCAUGUACAGCCAGGUCCCUUCUCCUGGAGUUGUGUGGACCUGAGUCAGCCGAGUACUCUGUGUGUGUGCUGCUGUGUCUGUCUGUCUUUCUGUGUAUGCGUGCUCUGUGUGGCUGAGCUAUGCACACAUCUGCUGCUGACAGGGGCUGGCCUCUGGAGCAGAUGUACCCUAUUGUGGCACGCAUCUCCUCGGUGACCAUACUCCCAGCGCCCAUGUGUGUGCAUCCUGCCUGCUUCCCAGGCCAGGGCUCACUCCAGGGAUCACUGCUGAUCCCAUUGGCAGCCUGACCAGGCUGACCGGGUGGAGUUGUUCUUGGGCCACCUCUGGCAUAGCUGAGUUCAGCUGGAAGCUCUACUCGUUAUGCUGUUUUAGACACUACCUCUGACUUACUUGAAGAGACAAUACUGCUGUUGUUCAGGGCAAACCUGUUAGCACUGUGUUAAAUAUCCAAACUGUCCUUUGGGCCUGAGAGGUGAAGGCUUGGCACAAUCUUUCUUCUUGACCUCUUUAUUUUACUUUAUUACUUCAAUAAAUUAGUUGCAACUGUGAUUAAGUAUAUUUCUUUUGGCAUUAAUUUGGAGAAUAUUUCAGUCUCCAGAUUUUGAGGAUUAUGACUCAAGUCUGAAUUCCUGUUUGCUGUGACAUAUAGGAAACAUUAAUUUUCCUGAAUUACUGGCACAUUUAGGAAAAUACAGCAUCACCUUUCUUUUUUACCUCUUGGUCACUUGGGUUUUUUUAAUCCAUCAAAUUUUCUUUGGGGAAAGUCUAUCACCCAGGCAGCCCUUCUCUGGAAGGAGGUGAGCCAAGUGGGGACUUGCUUGGUAUUCAGAGAACUGGAGCUGACAUGGACUGCUCAAAGCCCAAAUAUUGGAUCAUUGUGAUCUGUGAUGGGACAGUGAAUUCUGCAGUCAGACCUGAAAACUGUGCUUUUAGAGAGCCACACCUAUUAAGGGAGAAAUUUCUCCAGCCUUCACCUGCUUGUGACAGAGUAAGCAAUAAUCACACAAGCAGAGGAGGGUGUUAAUACUGCUUCUUUCUUUAGUCACAUUUAUUUUUGUGCUGGUUCACAAUGAAAUGUGACCAUGUAUGUUUGGGCCAAUGCAAUCAUAUAUUGGUACUUAUCAGCACUUAAUUUACUAGCUGGCAGUAUCCUAUGGUCUCAUUUAUUGUUUUUUUUUUUUUUUUUAAAGCACAAAAGGGACUGAUUAGCAGAUACUUCUCUGCUCAAUCAUCUUCCUGAAGAAACUGUUGGUGCACUAUUUAUUCACUGAUUAUGAAUUUGUAUUUAUCUCUAAGCUUAUUUAUUAUAGAAUGGAUUGUCUAUAUACAUAUUUAAUUCAAAUGAAAAAUUCAUCUCCAGAUUUAUUAUUUCUUUCAUUGUUUUAUCCUGUGUCUGCCAUCAUGGUCUGACAGCUGUGAAAAAUCACAGCCUUCUUUGUUUGCUAGUCACAACUCAGGGGAAAUGUAAAGGUUUGCAAACCUUCCAUGUGAACCUUGGCCGAGUUCAGAGCAGACCGUAAUCUGAAUUAUCUGUUGUUUGCAUGGCUUUCAUUAGAGUUCCUUGAAUUUUUUAACUGAAUAAUUUCUCAGAGGGAGUUGGAGGUAGGGGAAGUGCUUUUCACUCAGUCUCCUUUCCACUUGUGUCUCAGUGAUAGGGGACAAGUCAUAAAAAUCAGGGUUUGGGAACUAUGUUCAAAUUUCUAGUUUAAUACUUCUUUUUAAAACCACAGCAGAAGGUUUUUAUUAGGUUUGGUAAUUUUUUUUCUUGUUGAUGAAACCAUCAGAACCUGUUUUGAACAGUUCUGUUUAGACUGCAAGUUUAUUUAAAAUACCUGGAUUUUCCUUAGCUUAAUUUUGUUUACUUUACUACUGAUUUACUCAUGGCCCCAACUGAAACUCCAUGUGGAUUUGGU